UAUGUCAUAUUUGACUUUGUCUUUUAAUGAGUCACGGAUAUUUUCGAGUCGGUAGAUUUGCAAUUUUAAUUCAAUAGGUUCUCGUCAUUCUUGUGUAAGGUACACAAGUUAAGUGCAUAUUUCAACAUCAAAAAUAAAAAAGUCAAUAUGAGUCUUCAGUGGACAAUAAUUGCAUCAUUUCUAUACGCCGAAAUAGCCUUUGUGCUUUUGCUAACAUUGCCGAUAGCAAGUCCUUCGAAAUGGCAAAGGUUCUUCAAGUCAAAGUUUUUGGCUUACAUCAGCGGGCAAGCGUCUAUUUACUUCCUUAUUCUAAUUGGAGUGUUGGUACUAUGUCUGCUAGAUGCUAUUCGGGAAAUGCAAAAGUAUUCAAGCUUGGAAUCAUCAGAACAUCAACAUCUGGAUGCCGAAAUGCAAGGUAAUAUGCGUUUAUUCCGUGCACAGAGGAACUUCUAUAUCUCCGGAUUCGCGUUGUUCUUGCUUAUUGUAAUUCGUCGUCUUGUUCAACUGAUAUCCGAAUUGGCGACUGUGCUUGCUACAUCUGAGGCCAACUUCCGUCAAGCGCAAAGCGCUACUGUUGCUGCGAGGUCCCUUCUAGACCAACAGGGAUCAGGAGACGAGAAGAAUAAGAAGGAAAUCGAGGAACUGAAGUCUCAAGUAUCUCAACUGGAGAAAGACUUAGCUAAAGAGAAAAAGGACAAGGAAGCUGUAAAAUCUCAAGCUGAGAGUUUGAACAGAGAAUAUGAUCGUCUUGCUGAGGAGCACAGCAUACUGCAGAAGAAAAUAACUGUUGCAAGCGGUGACAAGAAAGAUGAGUAAAUAUAUGAAUCAAGAUUGAUAAUAACAUCUGAUAUUUGCUUAAAAGACAUGUAUAACCUUAAGUUACUUGUAUUCUAACUUAAUAUGGUCUGUGCCACCUUGCCUAGCAAGUUCACUUUUAUAGGAAAAUGUAAUAUUUAAACAUCUUUAAUAGAAUGUUUUUUCUUGUAUUGUUAAACUUUAGAUGUGGAACAAAUUAAAAAAAAAACAUUUGUUUAUAACCUUACUAUUUGUGAGACUGGGUAGUUGUGUAGACAACGGCAGAUUGGCACUUGCUCUUCAAGAGUUUACUUAUUAAAAAACAUUGUAACUAUAACUUGUGCUUUUGUCAUGGUGUUAAUUAUUUUUCUUUCUCUUGUUAGUUAUUUAUAACAAAAGGCUGAAGUUGUAUUGUUUUGAAUGCUUGUGUGUUUCCUAUUUUGUGUUUGUAUAGAUUUAGUUUUUAUUCCAAUAUAUCCUAUUUGGAUACUGUUUAUUUUACCAGAAAUGUAGUAUAUCUUAUAUUAUCUUGGCAGAACAAAGUCCAUAAGAAAUUUACCUUUUGUUAAUCUGGUAAAAAUAUAAUAUGUGACUAAUGUUAUCUAUGUUUUGCAAAUUUAUCAAAGUUUAAGCACUUUUCGAUAUUUUCUGCUGUUUUGCAUUUCAUGUUUAAAUUUUUAACCACACUUUCCUAUACACUAGUCCAUUUAUAUUUCUAAAAUUUAAUUUGUUGAAUCAAUGGUUUGUGGCUUCAUUUUAACUGUUUUAAUUUUUGCUAAAUGUAUUGCAUAAUAGAGACUUUAUAUGCAUAGUUGUACUUUGCUUGAUAUUUUAUUGAAGGGAAAGGGAGUGAGGUGUAAAAGGGAAUGUAGAAUAAAUUUGUAUUUUCUAUUGUAAA